GAGCGGAUAAGGAAUACGCUAAAUUGGUAAAGCGUCACAUGAUGCAUGGACCAUGUGGAGCUGAUCUUCCUUCAGACAGAUGUUGGCGGGAUGGGCGUUGUUCCAAGAAAUUCCCCAAGGAAUUCCAUGAAGCCACCACAUUUCGGACGAAUGGUUAUCCCAUCUAUCGACGUCGGGACAAUGGCGCCUCCAUGAUGCGUGAUGGACGUCGGUUGGAUAAUAGAUGGGUGGUGCCGCACAACAGAUACCUGCUUGAAGUGUACAAUUGCCACAUCAAUGUUGAGCAUUGCACAAUGGUUGAUGUGGUAAAAUACAUGUUCAAGUAUAUAUUUAAGGGUAUGUUCUUUUUAAGUUUUUAUUAUACUAUAUGAUAUUUAUAUAAGAUAUUUAUGUUUUUUAUUUAUUAACUCUUUCUUUUUUCUUUUUCUACUCUCUUUUAUAGGUGUCUGUGCGGCUAAUGUGCGCUUGGACUUAAGCAAUGAGGUUCAAAUUUAUGAAAAUUGCCGCUUUCUAAGCUCUCCUGAGGCUGCUUGGCAUUUGGCAAAGUAUGAAAUGUAUCAGCAUUCUCAUACUAUUGUUCGCCUAUCAGUCCAUCUAGAGGGUGAAGAUAGGGUAUAUUUUCAUGAAGGGGCUGAUUUGCUCCAGGUGGCUCAACCACAGUCAACAUUGUCGGCGUAUUUUCAGUCCAAUGCGGAGAUGAAGGUGAUUGCUGAUCGGAAGUUAGAAGGGAUCACCAGCAGGAGGAUGAAAGCAAAAGUCUAUCGGGAACAUGGAUUGCAUUUGACUUAUCCUCAAUAUUGCAAAAUGUUUUCAUGGAAGACAGAUGCGCCAAGGAGAUGGCAGAAGAGAGAGAAAGCUCACAGGAAAGGGUUUGUUGCGAUUGGACGUAUGUAUACGGUCAAUCCAAGAAACGUGGAACUGCAUAGCUUACGUGUCCUCUUGCUGCAUGUUCCUGGAUGUACCAGCUACCAAGAUCUGCGAACUGUCAACGGGAGAGUGUUUGAGACUUUUGCGGAAGCUGCAAUUGUUCGUGGUCUUCGAAGAUCAGAUGAGGAAUUCUCCAACACAAUAGAAGAAGCAAUCUCUUUGGACAUCCCCCCAGCCGAAUGCCGUUCUCUCUUUGCGAUGCUUCUCUACUACAAUCAGCCGGAUACAGCUGGUGGAGUAUGGAUACGUUUCAAGGAAAAUCUCAUUAGAGAUUUGCUCGAGGGACAGAGACGGAGAGAAGAAGAAGCGGAGUACCUUGCACUGGCUCAUAUGGAUUCUAUCAUUGUAGGAAAUGGCGGUUCAGGAAUUCAGUACUAUUCUGGUAUGCCAGAAGUACCGAUGAAUUAUCGGUAUUUCUAUUCGGACCAUCACGAAGAUGCCUGCCACCAAGACAUAGAGCGAUGUCGACGUCUUCUGACAGAGAGGUGCAAUAUGUUGAAUUCGGCUCAACGUUCAGCAUUCGACACUAUUGUCACUUCACUGCAGGAACGUAGAGAUGAGGUCAAUUUCGAGGAAGCAAGGUGCUUUUUCGUCGAUGGUCCUGGUGGAACUGGAAAAACAUUUUUGUACGAAACCCUCUACUACUAUUGUGUAGUUGAGGGAUUUAAGUGCAUAGUGACUGCUUGGACGGGAAUUGCUGCAUCGCUAUUGCCUACAGGAAGAACAGUUCACUCUACAUUCAAGUUGCCUCUCAAUCUAACUGAGACAGCAACUUGCAAUGUACGUGUGAAUUCUCCAGAUGGUCAGAAACUCGAGGAGGCGGACAUUAUUCUAUGGGAUGAAUGUUCCAUGGCAGAAUCACGAGCAUUGACAGCAGUCAAUGAAUUUCUGCAGGAAUUGGAACACACAACAGUCCCCUUCGGAGGAAAGGUAAUGGUGAUGGGUGGUGAUUUUCGUCAGAUCCUGCCUGUCGUUCAGUACGGUGAUAGGAGCCAUAUUUUGGAAAAGUGUGUUUUGGAGAAUGCUUGCUGGCCGCUGUUUCGUUCGCUGAAACUGCAUCACAAUCAACGAGCUGCAAUUGGUCAGGAAGCUUUUGCAACACAUCUGAAUGAUGUUGGUGAGGGUCGCACAAAUAAUGAGUUGGGACUUCAUGUCUUUGAUUCCAAUAAUUGUGUGAUCACCAUUAACAAUCUCAUUCAGAAGGUGUUUGGAAAAAGUCGUAUUUUACCAGACGACUGUGCCAUCCUGUGUCCACGUCGAGAUGCCUGCCAACAAGUUAAUCACAGGAUUAACGAUCGACUACCAGGAGAAGGACGAAGCUACCGAGCCAGUAACAGGAUCGUUGAUGAGGAUGACAAAGCCCGAAUGAGAUAUAAUGAUGAAUUCCUUGAUGCUCAAAAUCCUGCAGGACUUGCGCCUCAGGUGCUUCUGCUGAAGAAGGGAUCUAUCAUUAUGCUCAUUCGGAAUUUGGACAGCAAAAUGGGUCUCUGCAACGGAACACGACUGCGCGUUCUCCAAACACAUAAUCAUCUGAUAAAAUGUGUUGUACUGAACGGCAUCAGGAAGGGUGUCACAAUCCAUUUACCAAGGAUAGAUAUAACAACUACGGAGAACGAUGAUGUCCCUGUAAACUUCACAAGGAGGCAAUUUCCAGUCAUUGGAGCCUUUGCCAUGACAAUCAAUAAGAGUCAGGGACAGACGCUGAGACGUGUGGGAUUAUAUCUUCCAUCUCCGGUUUUUGCUCACGGCCAUUUGUAUGUGGCUAUGUCCAGGGUGCGUCACAUGGAGGACAUUCAAGUCGUGAUUUCUCAUGGACGACUAGGGAUUGCAGAUAAUGACAGGCAGACGAAAAACAUCGUGUAUGAGGAGAUUAUCCAGAGGCUGGGCUGAUGCACAAACCGUCCUUUUUAGGACGAAAAAAAAACGUCCUUUUUAGGACGAAAAAAAUCGUCCUUUUUAGGACGAAAAAAAACCGCCCUUUUUAGGGCGA